GCCGCUGCGGGGAAAGCUCCCACGCGCCCUCUCCAAGUCACCCGCCCUGUGACCUGGCGCUAUUGAGCCCCUCGAUUGGCACUGUUGAUUGAGAAAACUCGGCACCGCUUGUUUCUUACUGUCUUGUCAUCAACAUGGCGAGACCUUUGGAAGAUGUCUACUGCACGCUCCUCAUGAGCGACUCCUACCUACCAGGAGCCGCAGUUCUUGCACACUCUUUACGCGAUGCCGGCACGGAAAAGAAGCUGGCUGUUCUCGUUACGCUCGAGACGCUGUCCGCCGACACGAUAACCGAGCUCAAGUCGCUAUACGACUACGUGAUCCCCGUGGACCGUAUACGCAACCCAACUCCCGCUAAUCUGUAUCUGAUGGGCCGCCCCGACCUCCUCUAUGCCUUCACCAAGAUUGCCUUAUGGCGGCAGACACGCUUUCGGAAAAUUGUAUACUUGGAUGCAGACGUGGUGGCAUUACGGUCGCUGGACGAGCUUUUUGACAUCGACGCACCCUUCGCCGCGGCCCCAGAUGUCGGAUGGCCGGACGCCUUCAACUCGGGCGUGAUGGUCCUCAAUCCUGACAUGGGCGAAUACUGGGCGCUCCACACCAUGGCCUCCACCGGCGACAGCUUCGACGGCGCCGAUCAGGGCUUGUUGAACCAGUACUUUGAGAACCGUAAUUGGCAUCACUUGAAGUUUACAUACAACACGACCCCGAAUGCUCAGUACCAAUGGGAGCCCGCAUACCGAUACUACAAGCGCGAUAUCAGUGCUGUCCACUUCAUUGGCAAAGACAAGCCUUGGACGGCUGGACGACAUGGCCCGGGCGGGUAUGGCGUCUACAACGAACUGCUGGCUCGAUGGUGGGCUGUUCACGACAGGCAUCUUAAGAAGGAAUCGGCGGCUCCUACAUCUGGGUCGGGCACAGCUUCAGAGUACCCUUCUACAGGUGAGACGAGUACCACCGCUGCUGAUACAACGACCCAGCAUAAUGGUCCCAUUGCCCAUGGUGUAGUUGAGCCAGAAGCCCCUGCUGCGAGCACAGAGAUGCCCUUAUCUGAACCUGGAGAAGCGGUAGAAAAUAUUGAUCAAGGUCUGACAGAGCCGAUUCCGACUUCGCAACAACGCAAGUUCUCGGCACCACACAUGGAGUGGGACGCGACCCGGUUCGAACCACCGGCCACCUCGAAGCCAGAAGCUGCAAACUUCCCAUCCGAGCAGUAUACCUUCAGCGACAGCCAUGAGCUGUUCAAGGCACCCCAAGCCUAUCCAGAGCCUCCCAAGGAUAUGUGGUAUCAGGUGCCAGAAGAAAAGCCCAAGCCAGCGGAGCCACCGAAACCAAUAUUCCCAUGGGAGCAACAGCGUGAUCGACCCAAGCCCACGCGUGUCUUUGCCGAGGACCUUCCACCUCCAGAGCCAACGCCGCUUACGCCGACGAUUACGAUCAGUCCAUCUUCAGCGUUUGGAGCCCCGGGAGCCCAUCCGUUCUCCACAGUGCACUAUGAUGAGGAAGAAACUAUGUCUGAAGAAGUAGUAGCGCCUGGGCCCAACAGCCCUGAACGCGUUUCUUCGCCGAAGACUGCUGACCAACAGUGGCAGGACUUCCAGCAGAGCAGCAUUAAUGCAUGGGACAGCGUCCCUGGAAUAGAAACCUACGUGCGUGCAAUCAUGGACUCGCAGACCCGACGUGGAAAACCGCAAGUCCUGAGUCAAGCGGUAGAACAGGCCAGGUCGCCCGUGACCCGCCAAGAGCGUCGCGAGAGUCUUAUACUCACCGAUUUUCCUUCGGCGGUCGAACGACCGAGUCUGCCCGUCACCCCAGCGCCAGUCGCAAGGCCUACCUUUUGGGGUGAAGAGAGGGAUGAACAAAGGGAGCUACCUCAAGCGGAGGGUGUUCCAGAUCAACCAGAUUGGGUAUGUCCCCAAUGCGGGUUUUCCUCUAUCAGCGCUUCAGACUUUCGUCCCGCUCGUGGACUCCCUGCGUCAUCUAUUCCUAUCGAGACUGCUGAGCCUUCUCCUCGGCCUACUAUUCCGCCGUCCGCUGAAGCUCCAUCAAUUAUGACACAGCCAUCUACAAGGAAAGAAACAGUCCCGAAACCUCAGCCUGAAUUGAUCGCAUCGGAAAAAUCGACUCAUGGCACGACGUCAUCGCCUGCUCCACCCAAGCCCCACCCUAGGAGAGGUGUCAGCUUUCGUGGAGCACCCCUUGUAUCUUUGACAGACCCAGAGCUUCUUGACGCCCAUCCUCACACUCCUGGAUUUGACCCGCCUCCACCCUCUGCAUCUGUUGUUUUCAGUGUUGCUUCAGCAUUGCAUUAAUUACUUGCAUUGAGCGCGCAUAUCGUUACUCAAGAUUUUCGCAUUUGAAAGCUGACACCACCUCGCGUCUAAGAAUCCAGAAGAGAAGCUCGAGCAGCUACGACGGUCCUCGCUUAUCGAAUUCGAGCAUUUGAAGAGUCCCAAUCACCCGAA